CAGCUCCAAAGUACCCUUUCACUGAAAGGUCGUUAUGAAAAGCUAUCGUGUCCCAUUUCGUAAUUAUGACAAGUCCUUCCGAUUUCCGAGCCCUUGUUUCCCGCCACCCAAUAUAACAAUAGGAUCAGGCCACUCUUCCAACUCGGUAUCAACUCAGUCUCUACCCUGCAUUGACUCAACCAAAACUCACACUGAAUUCAACUACUUCUACAGGAAACGUCAAUCUAGGAGAGCUCUAUAUCAGUGUUAGCAAAAGGUGUUAGAUUUUAUAUUUAGCUGUAAGUUAAUUUUAGCGUAGCCUGUGGCCUUGCGUGCAUCCGAGUCGGCUCACUCAAAUCACACGUACAAACACAUAAACAUUUCCUUCUCUCCCCCUCUUUUAAGUGCAGUUUUUUCCGUAUAAAUCUCCAUCUUUCAAGCAACACCGUUUCUUGUAAGAAACUCAGAUAAUGGGGUCGUCUCAUGAGUCUGCUUCUAUUGAAUUUGAGUCUUCGAUGGAGCUUGGAUAUGGGAAUUAUGGGUGCUCACAUUAUCGGAGGAGAUGCAAGAUUAGAGCACCUUGUUGUGGUGAAAUAUUUGAUUGCAGACAUUGCCAUAACGAAGCUAAAAAUUCACUUGAAAUCGAUGCUCUUGACCGUCAUGAUAUUCCACGCCAUGAAGUUGAAAAGGUCAUCUGCUCUCUAUGUGAUACAGAACAAAAUGUCCAACAGAAUUGCAUAAAUUGUGGAGUUUGCAUGGGGAAGUACUUCUGUGAGAAAUGCAAAUUCUUUGAUGAUGAUAUAUCGAAGAAUCAAUACCACUGUGCUGAAUGCGGAAUUUGCAGAACUGGAGGCAAGGAGAAUUUCUUUCACUGCGAUAAAUGUGGAUGUUGCUAUUCGAAGUUCAUGAAGGAUGCGCAUUGCUGUGUGGAAGGAGCAAUGCACCACCAUUGCCCUAUUUGCUUUGAGUUUCUAUUCGACACUAUGAAAGACAUUACUGUCUUGCGCUGCGGACACACGUUACAUUUUGGAUGUUUGAAAGAGAUGGAGAUGCAUUGUCGGUACUCCUGUCCUGUAUGCUCAAAGUCCAUUUGUGACUUGUCCAAUUUGUGGUCAAAGAUUGAUAAAGAGGUUGCCUCAACUCCAAUGCCUGAAAUUUACAAGAACAAAAUGGUAUGGAUUCUGUGCAACGAUUGCGGCACAAACUGCCGUGUUCAAUUUCACAUUGUGGCACAUAAAUGCCUCAGCUGCAAGUCGUACAAUACUAGACAAACGCGAGGAGACAUCUCAACUUCAUGCUCAUAUGAGAUGCCUGAGAUGGUGAGAUGACCGGUUGUUGAUGAACAGGCCUAAAUGGCAUCAGAGAGAGCAUCUGUAUUUUUGAAUAAACACCAUCUCAGUGAUAUUUUUGUAAAUGCACAUUGCUAAUGGGGAAAAUUAUACCAAAUUACACCUUGUUUUAAUCACAAAAUAAUACAUAUUCAAUUUUUUUUCUUUCAA